GUCGAUGCUCACAUUUAGUUUAUUACACAGACAGGAAUUCAUCAAAAAAAUUCCACUUGAUUCAAGAAAAGAAAAACUGGACAGAAGCUCAGAGUUACUGCAGGAAAGAACACACAGACCUAAUCAGUGGACUGACACAGCUCCAGGAUGAGGAGGUAAAGACAGAAUGCAGUUCUGUUGCAGGUGGUACAUACAUUUUAAUCGGUCUGUUCAGAGACACCUGGAGGUGGUCAGAUGGAAGCAGUUUCUCCUUUAGACACUGGAAUCUACAGUUUGACUAUCAGAUAAUCAACAGUGGUCAAUGUGCCAUGACUGUGUUUGAUGAAGAAGGCAGAUGGAGGAAUGAGAACUGUGCUCACAGAAAACCCUUCAUCUGUUAUGAUGAUAGAGUGAUCCUGAUCAAAGAAAAGAUGAACUGGAAGGAUGCCUUAUCCUACUGCAGAAAUCACCACCAUGACCUGGUCACCAUCACCAACCUGGAUGAGCAGAGAUGGGUCCAGGAGAAAGCCAAGAACGCCUCAACUCCUUUUGUUUGGAUGGGACUGCGCUACAACGGCACUGGUGUCUGGUUCUGGGUCUGUAAGGAGAGUUUGGUCAGCAAUACGAGCCAGGCGUCAGAACGAUGGACGAAUGAUCAUCACAUUUCUGGAGCCAUGGAUGCAGGAGGACAGCAUAGGUGGUUCCAAAGAAAUGACACAGAGGAGUUGAAUUUCAUCUGUUCUAAGGUUUAAAGCUCAUUCUGCUCUCUGGUAACAUGGGUUUAAUUUUAUCUACAAGAGUUUCUGUCUUUUAGCUAGGAGCUUUACAAAAAUGUAGAAACUAUACUGAUACUGAGGGAAAUUAUAUCUAUAAGAAGAAAUUAAGACUGCAGUUACUGUUCUGAAAGUUUAGUUAAUCUGCAGUUUCUAAGUACAAGAGCACAGAUGUACAGUAUAUUGAUCAAAUGUUGGUCUAAAACAUAGACAUAAUUACAACAUAAUACUGUAUUGUUUUCUCUUAAGUGG